AUGGAGAACUUCCCCCAGUCCGUCAGCAUCAACAUGCAGCCCUACGGCAGGAACGGGGUAGGCUCCCCAGCCACCGCCUUCGGCCCCACCGUCACCUCUUUCGUUCAGCCGGGGCCCAUCCCCAGCACCCAGGACUUUGUGCUCUGGUCCUUCUUCAAUGCCAUGUUCUGCAACCCCUUCUGCCUGGGCUUCAUCGCGCUCAUCUUCUCCGUUAAGGCCCGAGAUAUGAAAAUCGCCCAGGACUCAACAGCUGCCAGCAGCUACGGGAGGACGGCCAAGCAUCUGAACAUCGCCGCGCUCUGCCUGGGCAUCGUGGGUACCAUCAUCUGCAUCGUGCUGCUGGUCAUGUACUACCGCAGCUUGCAAGCGGGCAGCCACCUCUAA